GUGUCUUUAGCUGGGUGUCUCCUCUUCCGAAGUCUUCUUCUUCAGUCUACUCAAAACACAUACACGCACAGACCUAUAACAAGGUAAACGCCGUCAAUGGCGGCCCCGGAGAUCUCAACCGCCGCCGUUCCAACGCUGUACACCAACAACGCCUUGAGAAAUGCUUUCGGCGGCGUUCUCGCUUUCUUCAUCCUCCUCCUUAUCGGUGUUAUGGCUUUCUCGAUCCGUUUAUUCUCCGUUAUAAAAUACGAGAGUGUCAUUCACGAGUUCGAUCCUUACUUUAAUUAUAGAGUCACUCAGUUUCUUGCAAAGAAUGGCAUAUACGAAUUCUGGAACUGGUUUGAUGAUCGAACCUGGUACCCUCUUGGGCGUGUGAUAGGUGGAACUGUUUACCCUGGAUUAACUUUGACUGCUGGCACCAUAUGGUGGUUGUUAAAUUCUUUAAAUAUUCCACUGUCCGUGGAGACUGUUUGUGUUUUCACUGCACCAAUAUUCUCUGCUUUUGCUUCAUGGGCAACAUACCUUUUGACUAAGGAAGUUAAGGGUACCGGUGCUGGGCUGACAGCUGCUGCUCUUUUGGCCAUGGUUCCAUCAUAUAUAUCUCGUUCUGUGGCUGGUAGCUAUGACAAUGAAGCUGUAGCAAUAUUUGCCUUGAUCUUCACUUUUUAUCUUUAUAUAAAGACACUAAAUACUGGAUCUUUGUUCUAUGCUACCUUAAAUUCAAUUGCAUACUUUUAUAUGGUGUGCUCUUGGGGAGGAUAUACGUUCAUUAUUAAUCUCAUUCCAAUGCACGUGCUUCUAUGCAUUGUAACUGGUCGUUUUUCUUCUCGACUGUACAUUGCAUAUGCUCCUCUUGUUGUUUUGGGAACACUGCUAGCUGCUUUGGUGCCAGUAGUUGGGUUUAAUGCUGUCAUGACAUCGGAACAUUUUGCAUCAUUCUUGGUUUUCAUUAUUCUCCAUGUGGUUGCUUUUGCGUACUAUAUCAAAGGGAUUCUUACCCCCAAAAUGUUUAAAGUUGCUGUGACACUUGUUGUAUCUGUUGGCCUGGCAGUAUGUUGUGCUGUUAUAGCUGUUCUUAUAGCACUAGUAGCUUCCAGUCCAACAAAGGGAUGGAGUGGACGAAGCUUAAGUCUACUUGACCCGACUUAUGCAAGCAAAUAUAUACCAAUCAUUGCUAGUGUUAGUGAACAUCAACCACCAACAUGGCCAUCUUAUUUCAUGGACAUUAAUGUUUUAGCAUUCUUGGUUCCAGCUGGUAUCAUUGCAUGCUUUUCUCCUUUAUCAGAUGCAAGCUCAUUCGUGGUCCUGUAUAUUGCAACAUCUGUAUAUUUCUCUGGAGUAAUGGUGCGUCUAAUGCUUGUGUUUGCUCCAGCUGCAUGCAUCACAUCUGGAAUUGCUCUCUCCCAAGCUUUUGAUGUUUUCACCCGAUCAAUUAAGUUUCAGCUUCCUGGAAUAUCAAGCAAUACAGAAGUUGAUGCUGCAGAAACUAGUUCUGCUACCGCUAAAGCACAGAAUGAUGCAGUAAAAACUGAAAAAUCUGAAGAGACGUCAAAGAAUCGUCCCUCAAAGAAGAGCAAGAAGAAGGAAAAGGAGGAAAAACCUUCAACCAAAGCCAAAUCUGAGAAGAAGAGGCUUCUUGCUUUACCUUUGGAUUCAUCUGUGAUUUCUCUUCUUCUACUCAUCUUGUUGGGUGCCUUCUAUGUGGUUCAUUGUGUAUGGGCAGCAGCCGAAGCUUAUUCAGCCCCUUCUAUAGUUUUAACAUCCCGUUCUCAUGAUGGUCUACAUGUUUUUGAUGAUUUUAGAGAGGCUUAUGCUUGGUUGCGACAUAAUACUGAUGUUGAUGAUAAAGUUGCAUCUUGGUGGGACUACGGUUACCAAACCACCGCUAUGGCUAACCGCACUGUCAUUGUUGACAAUAACACCUGGAACAAUACUCAUAUUGCAACUGUUGGUACUGCCAUGUCUUCACCUGAAAAGGCAGCUUGGGAAAUUUUCCACUCUUUGGAUGUAAAAUAUGUUCUAGUCGUCUUUGGAGGUCUCGUUGGCUACCCCAGUGAUGAUAUUAACAAGUUCCUGUGGAUGGUUCGAAUUGGAGGAGGUGUGUUUCCCCAUAUCAAGGAACCUGAUUACCUGAGAGAUGGUCAGUAUCGGAUUGAUUCCCAGGCCACUCCAACCAUGCUGAACUGUUUAAUGUAUAAACUCUCUUAUUACAGGUUCGUAGAAACCGAUGGGAAAGGCUAUGAUAGAGUUCGGCAGACAGAAAUUGGAAAGAAAUAUUUUAAACUCACUCAUUUUGAGGAGGUAUUCACAACUCAUCAUUGGAUGGUUCGGAUUUAUAAACUGAAGCCCCCCAAGAACAGGAUUCGAGGAAAAUCGAAGAAAUCGAAAUCGCAGAAGACUAGCUCAACAUCAAACAGGGCUAAGAGAAGUGGAACAGGAAAGAAGAAUCCAUGGCACUGAGGAACAGAAACAUUUUACAACAAUGGUGAAGUAUCUGUUAACCCUAUAUAGAACUGUUUGCGGGAUGGGGCCUUUUAGAGAGAAUGAUUUGAUUCUUUUUGAGGCAACGGUAGGCUAUUUUCCUCUAUUAGUUUUACAAACAAAACAAUCAAAUCAAACAGGACUUUCGAAACACUCAAACUUGGAUCUUUGCAAACUGUUCUAAAUGAUCAAAAUGUCUUAUCA